AAUAAAAGACUUGGUAUUACGUAUGUUUAUAUUGUUAGUGUUACAAUGUACAACAAAGUUACAAAUAGUUGCAAAUUACUCGGCAAAGCAAUUCGACAGUAAGCGUCGCAGUAUCCUGAACAACGCGGCUUACAACAUCUUCAGGUCGAACGAGACGCGCAAUGCCGGGUUCCUUGGCAACAGCGGCAACAAGCGCGUAAACUUGUCCGCCCGAGCGAUCAACAGCGGUGGAAGCGGCAGCGGUCUCAGGAGCUUCCUGCAGCGGAGCAUAUCCGCGGAUAAUGUGGUAGUGAGCGAACGCGGCCUUAAGCCCUCGGACCUGCGCGACCCCGUCAAGAGGAACUUUAUCGAGAACCUGACCUCGAAGAUUCUGCACUUCGACAUGGAGAGCGGAAACUCAACUCCGAUAAACUUGCAAAAGUUGCUAACCCCUGCAUCAGACGCGACAGAGAUAACGCACGUAAAGAAUAAGAAAAUGUACGCCUCGUCUUACUUCUAUGCGCCGACUCACCCGACGGUGGAAGACCAAGUGGAACUGGCACGACGAAUCUCUAAUUCCCUGAGCGACGUCAAGAACGUGAAGAGCAAGGGCCAAUCGAUGUACGUCAACAGGAAGAAGCGUUCGGUCAAAUGGAUUCACGACGGUGUAGAGGACGAGGAAGAGACGUUGUCACCUGUGCUGAAAGAGAAAGUGCCAUUAAAAUGCAUGAUGAAUCCGAGCGGAAAAGUAUUGGACAUCCAUGGCAUCCAGGCACUCGGCGAGGAAGUGAAUAUUCAAACGAUACCACAGCAUCCUGAAAGACUGUUCGACAUCGUACGGGACUUGAAUACCCAAAAAGGUCGCGGAGCUGAAAUAUUCGCAAAGCGUAGAAAAAGAUCGGAAAAGUGGGUUGUCGAUACGGAACAAUCUCAAUCAUCAAGUAAUUACAAUUGCAUAAAGACACCAACAUAUUCGAUGAAACAGGAAAUUAAUACAAACGAAAGUUCAAAAUUCGAUAAUAAUAAGCCCUUGUAUAAUCCAUUCUCUGUUGACAUGUCCAUGGACUAUUCAAGCCCACCUACGACAAACUGCGCUUAUCAACAUCAGCAUCAAUGCUCACAUGCAAGCUUUAGCAGUGCUCAUUCAGACUGUAGUCCUUGUCACACUGAAGUUAAGAAGAUCUAUUUGCGUGAAGUGGCUGUCGGCACAGAUCCUGAAUUGAAGUCAUCGUCGCGCGAUAAUAACGUCGUCGAGAAUCUCCGGCGUUUGAAUUUCCACGAUUCUAAUCCGUGCAACACUAUGGAUCACAAUCAUAAUAAACGUUUUGGUAAUUCUAGCAUCAAUAAUGGCCAUACCAAAAGUAAUCGCUGUAAAAAUGUACAAAAUGGUAAAUACCAUCAGCAUUGCCAAUCAAAUAAUUACCAAUCAUAUCAGGGAGCUAAUAAUGGCUUAAACAAUCAUCACUAUUAUGGCCACAAUAAUCGUAACGGUCAUAAUCACCGUAAUCACCACGGCCAAUCUAAAAAUAACCAAAGCUAUUAUCAGCAAAUUAGUGGUAAUUAUUCGGCCUACCAGCCACAAAUUUAUGGCUAUCAAAAUGGCAAUGGUCAUCACAAUGGCAAUGGUCAUCAUAACGGCAAUGGUCAUCAUAAUGGCAAUGGUCGUCAUAAUGGCAAUGGUCAUCAUAAUGGCAAUGGUCGUCACAACGGCAAUAGUCAUCAUAAUGGCAAUGAUCAUCAUAAUGGCAACGGUUACCAAGAUCAACCAAAUAACGAGGAUGAAGAGAUGAAUGAGAUUCCGGAUGAAGAUUACACACCAGUUCCGGUGAAACAACUUAUUCAGGAAUUUGAAAAAACAUGCAAACCCAUUAUGCAAUUGAAACAGUACGCUCCUAAGGUUGAACCUGUCAUAAACAAUCAGAACGAUAUUUCGCGCUUUUUCGAAUGCAGAAGCGAGGUGGUCUAUCAUAAUCGACGGGAGUCCGAUGAUUAUCAUCAGCGCAAUCAAUAUAGAGGAAUCGGUUAUGCGAGUUCUGGCGACGAGGAACACGAUGAAGAAGAUGACGACGACGUCAUUAAUAAUAACAACAACGACGACAACGACGACGACGAUUUAGAUGUCGACGUGCAGCCAAAUAAUAAUGCGGUGGCCUUGGCGGUAAUAGCUUCGCAGGAUGAUUUAAUAGCACAGAAAAAACAUCUGAGGAGUACGCCGGUGUUAGAAAAUCUCGUCGCGGGCACCACGACACCCGAGUGUUUUAAAAAGGAGUACACCGAAGAAGUAGCGGGAAAACUUUACGAUAACACAUAUCAAGGUCCGAAGAUCUCAAGUUACCAGAAUCUCACGAAUUACAACACCGCGCCAAGAGGUUGGGACCAGUCGCAGCCAAUCUAUCGACCCAUUAGAUUCGAAAAGCCACAAGACAACAAAAUCGUCUACUCGGACUUCUAA